AGAAUUAGAUGACGCUCUUAAAUAUUAUCGUUAUCACACGCUUAAUCCGGAUCAACUAUUCAGUGUGCUUUCUAGCCGUUUUAAUAUAAAAUUUGUUGCAAUGGACAAUCCCAGUCAAACAAUAAGAAGUAAUGUUGGACCAUGUGAGCGAUUCAGAGACAUCUCACGUAGGUUAACUCGACAGAUCAAUAGAACCACAAUGGCUCGAGAUCAUCUGAGUGCUCGUCGUCGUCACAUUCCCACAGAAUCUCUGGAGCCAGAAACUUCUCGCCGUCAUAUUGUACCUUCAGCAAUACAACAAGGCUUCUCUACUCUGGAAGAGCUUUUUGCUGACGAGCCUGAGACUUUUACAAAUGAGCCAAGUAAUAAGAAGCGCAGAGUACAUCAGAGUUCUUCAACAAGUUCUGAUACUCAAGAGAUCGAGGGUAGCACAUCACGAAAUGAGAGGGGAGAAUCUUCUGGAACAUCUCGUCGUCAUGGGAUACCUUUGGUUCAACAUAGUUUUUUGGAAGAAUUGUUUGAAGAUGAACCAGAUUUAUUCGGAGAUAUACCAGAAUACAUGAUGGGACGCAGGUCUCAACAAGUUGGCGAGGGAUCAGCUAAUCAAGGAGAAGCAAGUACAUCAACACGAAAUGCAAGAGAAGAUGCGGUAACCAGUGAUAAAAAUGGGACUGAUGGUGAGGGUGAAUCAGAAGGUUCAUUCGAAAUUGGUCGUCGUCGUUUAGAUAAUUUAACAGAAGUCAUUUUAGGUGGUAGGG